CGUGGCGUGUGACUUGUGAGUCGUGGCUCAUCGUAGGAAGGAAAGGAAGGUGUUGCAUCGGCAAGAAAGAGAGGUUCUACAGUAGAGCCUAUCAGUGAUCGACCUUCUUGACAAGUGAUCGCGUCGACUACGGUCUGUAUACUACACUACAUCUGUGCUCGAACGAGUCCAAACGAAACGAAACGAAACGAAACGGAACGAGUGAAGAAGAGAGUAGCAAUAGAGCAGUGGGCUGAUCGGGAGGGGAAGGAGAGCAACCCCCUUCUCUCCUCCUUCCACGAGGAAUUACCAAAAGGCAAAAUGGUGGCGCGGUACAACGCAGACGGGUGAUGUGUAGGCAGAUAUCGGCUCGCAUCGCGUUCGUAACAGGGAGGUGCGAGAUUAACGAGCGUAACCUGCGUGAUCUGCGUGAGCACGCCAGGUCGACGGCAAUAUGGGCGACCCGAAGAGUCAGCACGGCGCGCAAGAGAUGAAAGGCUGGCUUUUCAAAUGGACCAACUACCUGAAAGGUUAUCAACGGAGAUGGUUCGUCCUGUCAAACGGCCUCCUGUCGUACUACAGGGCUGAACCAACAGGGGGGCCAAAGAUAUCAUCGCGACGCAAGCGGAGAGCUGGCAGAGCCUCCGAAAAUCCCGCGGAGAUGUCUCACACUUGCCGCGGAACGAUUUCCUUACACGGGGCCUUAAUACACACGGUGGACGCCUGCACCUUCGUCGUGAGCAACGGCGGCACGCAGACCUUCCACAUCAAGGCGUCGACCGAGGUGGAGCGGCAGCAAUGGGUCACGGCUCUCGAGCUAGCAAAAGCCAAGGCUAUCCAAGCGAUGGAAUCUGCUUUAGUACUUCGGCGACGUUAUGCGGCGAAAUCUCUUUUAGAAGAAGAGGAGGAGGAAUAUCAAGAUAACGACAAUCAAAACGUAGAAACUGCGUCUGUGAUUAAGGAUCUAACGCGACGAUUGGAUGAUCUACAAGCGUGCAAUGACUUGAUGCUUAAGCAGGGAUCUGGGCUCCAACGAGCUUUAUCCGAUUUGGAAAUGGUAGAGCCUCCGUCCCCCGAAUUAGCAGCGAAAUUCAAGAUCGUCAGCGAACGAGCCACACUUUUUCGGAUUGCGGCGAAUGCUAUGAUUAGUACGAGCAGCGAUUACUUGCAACUAGCCCAACAACAAGAGCCUAAGUGGAAAAAGAUGCUACAGCACGAGCGUGAUCAGAAAGUACGGAUAGAGAAAAUGGUCGAGCAGUUAGCUAGGCAACAUUCCCACCUGGAGGAAGCCGCGCAACAUGCGAUUCCUUCAGCGACGCCUGCGGGAGGACACAGACCUUCACAUCCCGCAAUUACAACGUCACCGUCGGAGGAUGAAGAGGAUAACGCCGAAUUUUACGACGCCCAAGAAUCGGACACUUUCACACUAACUAUACCCAUCGCCACGAGCAAUUCCAUUUCCCAUGCGAGAGAUCGCACCGAUUCCCAAGGUAGCGACGAUGGCUCUAGUUCAGAGGGAGAUCCAACGCCCUUGCCUGUCUCUGAUUCCACUGGAGCUGAUUCCUUCCUCAUUGUGACCGAUUCCACUGCUGCGCAGACUCUCUCGGCUGUUAGAAUCACCAACAAUCUGGAUAUUAAAAGCUGGCGAUCCAAUAAUGACAGUAGCAGCACCGGGAUGACCACCAUUUCGAAACGGAAACGAAGGACCAGGGUACCUGACAAACCAAACUAUCCCUUGAACCUAUGGAGUAUAAUGAAAAACUGUAUUGGCAAAGACUUGUCCAAAAUUCCUAUGCCGGUCAACUUUUCUGAACCGCUCAGUAUGCUUCAACGAUUAACAGAAGACUAUGAAUACGCGGAUAUUCUUGAUAGGGCUGCAGAAUGUACAGAUAGUUAUGAACAGAUGGCUUUUGUAGCCGCGUUCACUGUGUCUAGUUACGCUACAACCGCCGCUAGAACGGGAAAGCCUUUCAAUCCCCUUUUGGGUGAAACUUACGAAUGCGAUCGUACGGAUGAUCUUGGAUGGCGCUCGAUUUCAGAGCAAGUGUCUCAUCACCCGCCUAUGCUAGCUCAACAUUGCGAAGGAAAGAAAUGGCGAUGUUGGCAAGAGUUUACAAUGGCUUCUAAAUUUCGUGGAAAAUAUCUGCAGGUGAUUCCUUUGGGUACUGCUCAUUUAGAAUUUCAUAGUGGCCAGCAUCAUUACACAUGGCGAAAAGUCACUACUACGGUACAUAAUAUUAUAGUCGGAAGAUUGUGGGUCGAUCAGAGUGGCGAUAUGGAUAUUGUAAAUCAUAAGGAAGGUAUCAAGUGCCAUUUGAAGUACAUACCGUACUCGUACUUUUCGCGAGACAGUCAGCGCAAGGUGAAGGGCGUAGUCAUGAAUUCCAACAAGGAAGUCAAGUGGGUAGUGCAAGGUACAUGGGAUUCGAAGAUCGAAAUAGCGCCGGUAAUCAGCACAACUGGCACACCCGAUAAUCCAGUUUAUAAAACAGGUCCUUAUAUAUUAGCUUGGAAACGACGUAUGCCUAUCGAUGACUCUGAGAAAUAUUAUUCAUUCACGGAACUAGCGUGUCAAUUGAAUGAACCAGAAGAAGGUAUAGCUCCAACAGAUUCUCGGUUGAGGCCUGAUCAGCGGUUAAUGGAAGAUGGACGGUGGGACGAAGCCAAUGCAGAAAAAUUGCGUUUAGAGGAAAAACAAAGAGCUACUAGACGAGCUCGCGAGCAUGAUUCCGAAAAUGCUACAGCACAAGGAUUAUCUUAUGAGACGUACGAACCUCUAUGGUUUAAAAAGAAGCAGGAUCCGUACACGGACAGCCGUUGUUUUGUUUAUAAUGGCGAAUAUUGGGAUCAUAAAAGCAGAGGUGACUGGUCACGAUGUCCAAACAUAUUUUAGUUCGUUGUAUAGAUAGAUUCGAUUGCAAUAACUCUGUCAUAUACAUGCAGUGCGUGAAGAAGUUUUGGAUCGUUCAAAAGUGACGGUAGCCGAGAUUAAAAGUCGCGACCGCUCGUGGUCGAGAUUUAAAUGCUUAUGAAAUAACGUUGACGUGAUAAUGGGGUUGUUACAGGAUGUGGUUUAGCAAUUAAUUCUUCCAAUGAAGUGGACGAAACUUGUUGGCAACUCUGACAUGUACAAUAUGCAAUUUGUACUUGCAUGUCAUCGCCUUCGCUAUUAUUUUCUACCUCUCUCCCUUUCUUUCUCCCCUUUUUCUUCCCUAUCUUUCCUUUUGUCUCUUUUUUUCGAAGCUAAUAUCUAAUUCCCUCAACAUGAUAUUUUAUUAAUAUGCACUUGCGUGCUACUUUUUUUAAGAUUUUGUGCUGAAUUAAUGAGUAGCCAAUCUUGAAUUUUUGCGUUUAUUACAUUAGCUAUAUGUAGGAAUUCGUAAAAAAAAUCGAAGCUCGGGCAAGUCGAGAAUGAAUUCCGAAUAUUUCACUACUUUAGCCUAAAAUCAAGAUUGCAAUAAGACUGUGUAAGAAGACGAGGAUAAAAAAACUUUUGUCAUUGAAGAGGAAGAAUUUCAAAUCAAGUUUAAUGUGUUAUUUUAUAAUAUAUUCAGUAUUCUCAAUUUAUGUUUAGGUAAAUAUGAAUCUAAUUUUCUAGAAAGAAUUUGAAUUAAAGUUUUACCGAAAAGUCGCGAUCGAUAUGCUAUUGUAUGUAUAUGCAAAAAUCUUGUGUGUAUUUCAUUAUUUUUAAUCUAUCGUAAUCCAUCGUUGAAAGUAUUUGUAUAAAUACAGAGAAAGAUGUGCAACGAGAAUUAGAAUCGAGUCGAUACACUCGAUUUGAAUUAAAGAUACGAUGAUUUCUCUCAUUUAUUUUUACAGAGGAAAAGAAAAUACAUCUCCAUGUAUUAAAAAUUCAAUUGAUUUUUUAAUGCAUGCCAGUAAGUUUUAAUUUUUUUUUUUUAUAAUUCUCUCAUUGCGCAUUUUCUACUCGAUCUGAUGUCUACAACAAAAAAGUCUGAAAAAUGUUGGAAGUGUUGGAAAUAAAUCUUGAUAGAGAAGAGUAUUAUGAAUACAAGAGGAACAGUAAAACUAUAUACAUUGGAUUUAUUCAGUGAUUUCGAAUACACGCGCGCCAUAAUUAACAUUUUACACACGUAAUAAACCGACGACGAUGAUGCUUCCAAGUUUGGUCAGCGUUUUUUUACAACAAACGAUAAAGAGAAAAAAAAAAAGAAAUCAUGCCAUUUCACGUCUGCACAGAUUUCAAGCACGCUAGAUGCGCUCCGAAUACUUUAUCAAGCUAUAACGCAGAGGUACGCGACGCGCGUUAUCACCGAAAUGGAACGACAAAAACAAAGCGAGGCGCGAAUCGAAGACUCCUAAGUGCUGCUCAGCCCGAUUAAAGAAAAUCGAAAUCGGAUCCCCGAUCGUUUGUUCGUUUCUCGAAAUUAUUGCUGUAGCAUAGAAAGACGCGUGCACCCAUAGGUACGUGCGACCGAUUUAUAGCGAAUGAUUUGCGUGCGUACGUAUGUA